CGCGGGGCGCGGGUAUCGCCGCUCUGCCGCCGAUGACUGUGUGCGCCUCUUUACAGUUGUGCAUGGAGAGCGUUAGGGUUGGAAGGGGUGCUGCAGACCGUACUGCUCGCCACUCCGCAAAGCCCUGGUGUGCCUGGUUCUUAACCCAUUUCCUUGUGGCGCCCAGCUCCUGCACCAUCCGCUCUGAGAAACCAAGCCCAUGCUCUGGUAGUUUCCCCCUGUUAGAGCAAAAUUAAAACAGCUUGUAGUCAGUAAUCUGUGUCGGAGAGUAUAUUAGUAAUUUCUCGCUGCAAAACAGCCACCUCAGAGCUGAACAGAUUAAGACAACAAACAUUUAUGGUCCCACAAGUGCCAUAGGUCGGGGAAUUGGGCACGGCUUGGUCUCGUGAGAUUUAACUCAGUUGGUCAAGGCUGCAGUUACCUGAAAUCUUGACUCGAGCCAGACGAUCUAACUCACAUGACUGCUGGCAGGAAGCCUCAGUUUUUACUGCAUGGACUUCCCCAUGGGGCCACUUGAGUGUCCCAAUGUCAUGGAAUCUCGCUUCCCUCAGAGCAAGUAAUCCCAGAGACACCAAGGCAGAAGCACAAUGUCUUUAAUGAUCUAGCCUCAGAAGUCACAUACCAUCACUUCAGUUGUGGUCUACUGAUCACAAAACUCUUCAUUGUGGUAGAAUCAACCCAAAAGCAUGAGUACCAAUGGACAGGGACCAUUGGGGGCCGGGAGGAGACUGGCUACCACAGAGGGUCUGGCGAUAAUGAUAAUGAUAACUUAGAUGAGAAAGAGUAUCAUCAAGUUUCAUCUUGCAUAAUAGCCAUUUUCCAAAUCAUUAUAAAAGAGUUGAUUAACGUUCCUCCCAAUAGGUGGCAGUGCUUGUCCAUAGUCUGACCUUCGUUAAAUAAACAUUAUUCAUUAAAUAAACAUCAGCUUUGCGCCAGAUAUUAUCCUAAGUGCUGAAAAGCCAUGUUCCUACCUGUGUAGUGCGUACAGAGUAUAAGCACUGGGAUGGAGGAAGUAAUCCAACCACAGGAGUGUAGGAGGGUACUGGAAGAGGACCAGAGCAUCUCCAAAACACAGCCAAGAUUUAAGCAGCUGAGUUCAAGGCUCAAGUGGAGAACACAUCGACUUCAAAGGCAGAGGGAAUCGAAGGUGCUCCCCAGCUUUGGACGCUUCCUCUGCUUGAGAUGCAUACAAAGAUGGUCCAAGUCCUCUGGGGUUGUCUCCUCCUGUGCAAUCUCUACAUCUCAUCCGCAAAGACCAUUUACCCUGGAAUCAAGGCAAGGGCUACUAAGCGAGCUCUGGACUAUGGUGUUCAAGCUGGUAUGGAAAUAAUUGAGAAAAUGGUCAAGGAAAGAAAUAUCUCAGAUUUAAAAGGUUCUGAAUCUCUUGAAUUUCUGAAGAUUGAUUAUGUGAACUACAAUUUUACAAAUAUAAAAAUCACUGCCUUUUCAUUUCCAAAUACUUCACUAGCCUUUGUGCCUGGGGUGGGAAUCAGGGCACUGACCAACCACGGCACUGCCAACAUCAGCACAGACUGGGAUAUCAAGUCUCCACUUUUCCAAGACACAGGAGGAGCUGACCUGUUUCUCUCUGAGGUCUACUUCACCGGUAUCCUUAUCCUGUCUCGGAAUAGCUUUGGUCACCCAGUCCUGAAGCUCCAAGACUGCUAUGCCCAAGUGAGCCACGCUGACGUCUCAUUUUCUGGAGAGUUCAGUGUCCUGUAUAACUCCUUUGCUGAGCCCAUGGAGAAACCCAUUUUAAAGAACUUAAAUGAAAUGCUCUGUCCCAUCAUCAUACAUGAGGUGGAGGCACUGAAUGCCAACCUCAGCAUGCUGAAGGUUUUAACCAAGAUUGACAACUACACUCUGCUGGAUUAUUCCCUAAUCAGUUCUCCAGAAAUUACUGAGAAUUACAUUGAACUGAACUUGAAGGGCGUAUUCUACCCACAGGAAAACCUCGCAGAUCCCCCCUUCCCAUCAGUUCCUUUUGUGCUCCCAGAGCGCAGUGACUCUAUGCUCUACAUUGGAAUCUCCAAGUAUUUCUUUAAAUCUGCAUCCUAUGCUUAUUUUACAGCGGGGGCUUUCAGUGUCACUCUCACCACGAAAGAGAUUUCCAACCAUUUGAUUCAAAACUCUCAAGGUCUUGGCAAUGUGCUUUCCCGGAUUGCAGAGCUCUACAUCUUGUCCCAGCCCUUCAUGGUACGGGUCAUGGCAACAGAGCCUCCUGUGAUCAAUUUACUACCAGGUAACUUCACCCUAGACAUCCCUGCCUCCAUCAUGAUACUCACCCAAUCCAAGAACUCGACUGCUGAAACCAUCGUUUCCAUGGACUUUGUUGCUAGUACCAGUGUUGGCCUGGUUAUUUUGGGACAAAGACUGAUCUGCUCUUUAUCUCUGAACAGAUUCCGCCUCUCUUUGCCAGAGUCCAAUCGCAGCAAUAUUGAGGUCUUGAGGUUUGAGAAUAUUCUGUCCUCCAUUCUCCACUUUGGUGUCCUCCCCCUGGCCAACGCAAAAUUGCAGCAAGGACUUCCUCUGCCCAAACCACACAAAAUCUCACUCGUCAAUUCAGAUAUUGAAGUUCUUGAGGAUUUCCUUUUGAUUUCUACCGACCUGAAGUAUGAAACGUCCUUAAAGCAGCAGCCAAGUUUCCAUGGUUGGGAAGGUCUGAACCUGAUGAGUGGACGGUGGAGGGGAAAGCCAGCCCCUUGAUUGUUUGUUUGGAGUCUACUCCAGGAAGUAAAAAGCCCUUAAUCCCACAGCUCCUGUCAACCCAGAGCGGGAAAACAGUACACACUGGAGUUGUAAAGCCCCUGUGAACUGCUGAAAGUUUUCUGUUUUCAAGCCCUCAGGGACAAAGAGGGUGGCAAACUGGGUGAAAGAGCUAAAUUGGGAUGUGUGUGUGUGUGUGUGUGUGUGUCCCCAUCUGUGUGGAGAGUGAACACAUAUUUGAAUGUGUGUUCAUGUUUGAGGGCAUGUUGUAUAUUCCUGUGUCUAUAAGAUUCUGGGGCCAAGAGUGAGGCAUAUACUUCCAAGGAGGUACAUGAGAAACUCUGAAGUACAGGUUUGUUAUCGGUUGUUAUCAGUGGAGAUUCCUUCAGCCCUUUCAGCUCUCUAGGGUUCCCCUCUCCCUGCAUAUUGGAUUUUAUCUUUUAUAUUUACUGUUACUAUCCCAUGUAUUUAAAAUUGUUUUCUAUCAAUGUCAGCUUUGUCUUUUUAUUUGCAAAAUUUCCUGCCCCUGAUUUUUUUAAUAAAAUAAGAUAGGGGAAAAGGAAGAGAAUUUAAUCUCCUUAAUGUUAACACAAAUUGAGGUUGUACAGAUUUCUAGGAUUAAUUUAAAAAGGGAAUAUGUUAUCUCUCAAGAUGGUUCCAGUGAAACAGGAUGAUCCCAGGAAACUCUGGAAGUUGUAUUACUUCUUUAAGUUUUAGGCUGUUUUCCAUCCCAAAUUAAGUGAAAUGGCAGUGCAGAAUACUAAACAUAGAUAAUUCAGAGUUGAUUAAUGUUGUUAGAGCACCUAAUCAAUGGGACAAAAUUGGGACAGAAGAGAUAGAAAGGGGAACCGGUAUGGAUAAUGUAAGAAAUGAACAGAAACCACAAACUUUGCUUUGUGACUGACACUGACAAUCCAGUGGGUGAGUGGAAGAGCUGUUUACUGGAGGGCUUACCAAGUCCUAUGCUGAUUACUUCCCAAGGGUCAUUUCACUGAAUCCUCACAGCCACUCUGUGGAGAAUUAUGAUCCCACUUCAUAGAAGAGGAAACAAAGAUUAAAAGAGAUGAAUCACACAAAGCUGGUAAACAGCAGAGGUACAAAUUCAAUUCAAGCCUUUCUGAUCCCAAAGUCAUUGUUCUUCACAUGAGGCAGAACCUGAGAGCAGUUAAAGCUCACUCAUUACUGUGAAGAAAAGACACUGCAUAUAAAAGCGCGAUCAUGGAGUACUUAGUCAUCAAAGAGGGCUAACCUGGGAAGCCCUGACUAUCUAUAGGGACUGCGAUUUACUUAUCUUUGUAUUGCUCACCUGGCCAUAAUAGAUGCCCCUAUCUGUUACGUGUUAGUGGAAUAAAUGAUAAACUGUCACGUCUCAUUCUCUGGAA